GACAGAUGAGCCCAGAUCGCAACCUGGGCGAGUAGCGCGCGCGUGGCGUCGCUGCGGGGAAGUUUGGGUUUCAGUUCAUUUUUUUAAUUUGCCUUGUUAUUCAUUCUUUUAACGCGAAUUGCAAACGCACCCACACACACACAUAUAGAAAGUAAGUAAAGGUGCAGAGCACCAUUUCAAGUCAGUGAUGUCGAGCAGCGGGCUAGCCAUCAGCGUCCCCCACGCUGAAGAAAUCGCUGUUUUUGCCCAACUCAAGCCGGUGGCUAUGGCCGUCGGCGCCUCCGAGGAGCAGUCGGUGUUUGAAGACAUCAAGCCGCCGGUCAGGAUGAUGGAGACUCAGCACGAAAUGGGCCAGGCCAAUAUAUAUCUGAGCGAAGAUGCCAUUAAGCCAACAGGCUUCCUGAAAUCACAGUUAUUGCAACUGCUGCAAACAACUACAUCUCCAAGUCAAGUAAAAUCGGAAAUGGACAAGUAUCUGACACCGCUAAUUCCACCACCUAUGACAAUUCUGGACCAGAAGAAGUACCGAAGAGAGAGUGCCUCAGUAAUAGAUGAGUUCUUUGAGGAGCAGGUUACAUCACCGUACAGCUUGAAUAUCAACCUAAUUCUGCCUGAAAUCACACACCUGAGAACAGGCCUUUACAGAUCUUCAAAACCAGUUCUCCCACAAGUAAAGACAGAACAGGCCACUAACUUCACCCAGUCAUGCACAUCCAGUACGACAAAUGCCCUGCCUGAAUUCACCAGUGUGUUCAAUGUGCCACAGUCAGUUCCUGUGAAUAAUAUCUUCAUCAAGCAAGAAGCCCUGUCCCCAGAACUACCACUCCCUGUCAGUUCACAUCAACCUCAGAUGUACCAAAUGCCAAUGAAUACAGAUGUUGUCAACAUGCCUUUGAGCUCUAACCAGUCACUUGGCAACACUACAGUUAUUCAUAGUCGUAACAGUGUUACCAUGUCAACGGGCAUGGGUAGACCAAACAACCCGUGUUCUCAGUCUUCAAUUAAACAUUUUCAACCCGUUGUAACCACACCAAAUGGCUAUGUUGUGCCAGCCCAUUAUUAUCGGCAACAGACUUCAUACUUGCCACCCUCACCACCAAACUCCCAACCUGGCAGCCCAGAAAACCAGCCUGAUCUUAUCAAUACACUCUCGCCACCACCAUCAUAUGCUGCAUCAGUGGCAUCAAAGAUCCAUCAUUCACAGAUUCAUAAUCUUCCGACUACUUUGCAGUCCUGCCAAUCUAACUUCCAGCAAGCAAAAUACAGUCGACGUAACAACCCUGAGUUGGAGAAGAGACGCAUUCAUCACUGUGAUUUUCCAGGUUGUGCUAAAGUUUACACCAAGAGUUCUCAUUUGAAAGCCCAUCAAAGAACCCACACAGGUGAAAAACCAUACAAGUGUACAUGGGAUGGUUGCGAUUGGCGCUUUGCUCGUUCUGAUGAACUUACAAGACACUACAGAAAGCACACGGGAGCUAAACCUUUCAAGUGUAUUGCCUGUGGUCGUUGCUUUUCACGUUCAGAUCACUUGGCUCUUCACAUGAAGCGACACCAGAACUAGACCAAGUGGCACAUGUGUGACGGACUGAUUUCUAAAAUAUACAGAUGAACAAAGUACUGCCAUUUCACACGUAGAAGUACAGGAGAUGAAUAGCUGCAUAAUUUUGAAAGGAUAUAUUGUUAGUAGCAAAAAGUUGUUUAACUGGAAAAUGAUUAUUGAAAGCAUUCAAUUCACAGAAAAAGUAAAUGUUGUAUUAUUUAUUUGUAUUUCCUGAAAGCAAGCUUGAAAUGUUGUAGAAAACAUGAUGAGUAUGUUGAAGAAUAACAAUACAUUUCUAUUCAAUGUAUGAAUUAAAUUGUUGGAAUGUGAACUUGGAAUUUGAUUAGCUAAUAGUCAUGGUUAAAUAGCCAGAUAAUUAAGGGAUGAGACAGCACCCGAUGCACCUACAGCUUGGAAAUGACUGAGAGCAGUGUUAUCAUACAACUAACACUAUCUGACCUUAGCAUCCCCUCCACUUUUUAUUAACAGAAAAGUUUAAUUGUUUUGAAAAUAAGUUGUCAUCCAGUGAAGAGAGGAGUUUAAUGAGAAAGAUACAGAGAAGCUCCAGGUUGAAUUGGACAGGUUGAAAGAGUGGUUAAAUAUGUGGCAGAUGCUGUAUAAUAUUGAUCACUAUGACCUUCUCCAAUUUGGUGGCAAAACGUAAAAGCAGAUUAUCUGAAUAACGCUAGACUUGGAAAGGUGGUAAUAUGGUGAGCUCGGAAUAUGUUCGGUGCCAUUUGCUGAAGUAAGCUUGCAGGUGCAGCAGGCGAUUAAGAUGACUACUUGUACGCUCCUUCAUUGUGAGAGGAUAUAUAGAGCCUUGGUGAGACGAUAUCUGUGUGCAGUUUUGGAGUCCUUAUCUGAGGAAGGAUGUUCUUUCAAUGCAGACAGUUCAGCAAAUGUUUACCAGGCUGAUUCCUGGAACGGUCGGGCUGACAAAUGAAGUAUGGGUCCACUAGAGUUUAGUAGAAUGAGAGAAGAUCUGAUAGAAACCCAUACAAUUCAAACAAUUUUGGACAGAUUAGAUUGCAAGAAAGAUGCUCCCCAUAGCAGUCUGGGGGUCACAAUCUAAGGUUAAGCCACUGCAAUAAGAAACGUCCUCCACAGGGUUCUGACAAUGCAGAGUUUUCUGCAACAGAAAAUAAUUGAAAUCAAAACAUGAAAUUUAUACAGUGUAUACAGGAACAAGGAUGAAAAGGAUUUAGAGGGAUAUGGGCCAAAUAGAUGGGGCAGCUUGGUUGGCAUGGACAAGUUGAGCCAACCGGCCUGGUUCCAUGCUCUAAGACUCUAUGACAGUGAGGAGUUAGAUAUUGUUUAUCAGACACGAGGGAUUGAGGCAUAUGGGAAGAAAGCUCGAAACAGUUACCACAUUAGGAGGAUCGCAAUGAUCAUAUUGAAUGGCAGAGGAGACUGGAAAGAUUGAAUAACCUGCACAUCGUUUUAUAUGUUUUUAAUAUGAAAAUGUUAAGAUGUUUGGACAGUCAUCUGCCCCUCCCUGGGUGAAUGGCCUGUCCUGAAGGGAGCUCUGCUGAGAGAAUCUAUGCCAGAAAAUUGAAACUAUAUCCAUCGAUUACACACAGAGCACUGGACUACAGAAUUGCCCCUGAACAGUUAAUAAAUGUAGUGUGUAUACAUUAAACUUUCAUGUAAUGGCGUAAUUUAGCCAUUUAUCGGUUUAUUUUGCAAAAAACAAUAUAUUAAGGACAUCAGGGAAGAUAAAUAGAAUCAGAUGUCAUUCAUAUAGUCAAAGAUAAGGCACCUCAUUUUAGAUAACGGCAAUGCUCACAUCGACAUGGUUUGCCUGCAACUAAUGUACAAUGGGUCGAUUCAGGAGAGCUUCUCUUGUCAACUCUGCAUUCUUUCAUGCGAUUUGAAUGGCUGUGACUAUCCCAGGCUUUACAUCACACCUGAGACUUAAUUCCUUGCUUAUAUUUUAGAAAAUAAUGUUAGUGAGUUUCUCCAACAAUUAUUAUUGUGGUAAAAGUUGAGAAAGAUGUCACAGUUAGCAACUUACAAUACAAUACAAUACAAUACGGUUUAUUUGUCACAUUACACAUAAAGUGCAAGUGAAAUGAACGCCGGGAUUAAUUCCUGCUAAAUAUUAGCUCUAUGUUUUGUGCCAAGACUUGCUUAAAAUAUGAUGUUACUUUUUUAUUAUUUUGGUGUAUAUGAACUGCUGAAUAUUAACUGCAUUGACAAGGGCCAUUUGAAUAUGGACAAUUUGCCUUAAAUACACAUGUCCUCUACUGAUCAUUGUGGGACAAGGAAUUUUUAGAAAGCAUUGGAUUUAAUGCAUGCUAGAAAUAGCUUUUUAUUAUAACUACUAAUGGCCAUUGGCUAAUCAAACUAUUGUAACCUCAUGAAUUGAAGCACUAUGUGGGAUUUGCAUCCAACUAUUUCUAUGCUGACUAUUGUAAUAUUGUUAAAGAUUUUAAAUCAUUUCUACAUUCUGAUUUUGUUCAAGGAUAAUUUGAUCUCUUUAAAUGUUCCUGCUAUUUUAAAUACCAGUUAGCUAGCUUUAACAUUGAUCGUUUGAAAUUUGUCAUGACACUGAACUGAUCAACAUCAUGAUUAAUACAUUUAUUCACUAGCAACAUUACACAUAUGCCCCUCAGGUAAUCAUGACACUGCUUUAACCAGGUUUAACUGGAUGCUCACAUAUACAUAACGUAUGUCUCUGUGGACAUAUUCUAAUAUUUUUCAGCACUUCAUUUCUCCAAAAAAUACUUAAUGGAAAAUAUUAGAAAUUAUAUACUAUAUGGAUAUCUAAUAAAUUGCCGUAAGUAAACUGAAAAUAAAUUAAUGACGUGCUUCUAACACUGUAUUAUUUUUUUAAAGUACACACAUUGUUGAUCAUGUUUGUAAAUGUAAAUGUGUAACAUACUGCAGUUAUCAAAGUUUCUGAAAGUGAGAAGAGAAUAGAUCAGGUUGUAUGAAAGUGAGAAAUAAAAUGGAGGGAUUUGGGGGGAAUGAGUGAAAAGACCUGUUUUCACUCACCUUUACCCUUCCCCAAUCCCAAAUGGACCCAUAAUAAAGGAAGUUGAUUCCGAGGCAAUUUAGCUGCUUUUGGCCUGGACAUGAAAAAUGUCUUUAGAUGAGGGCGACUGCCAAGUAAGGGACCCUGUGUCAGGUCAGACUUUCAAGCGAGGAAAUGGGAUAAUUAUAGAAGAAACAUCAAUUUUAAUGAAUCAACUUACAGAGAAAGUGAUAGGGUUUAGACAGACCUUAACGUUAGUAACAACACUGAUAACAUUAAUUGAAUGAUCAGCCGUUUGGAUUGCUUUCAAUUAAGAUAAUUAGCAUAGAUAAGCUGGAUUAAGGAGUAAAGAGCAAAAAUUCCUCAACCCAUAUGAAAGAUUGCAAAAGAUGACAUUUGGGGGCACUUAAUGUAUAAUUAGCCAACUAAAUCCACAUCCAUUCGAUGUUACACAAGAAGCAUGCAGCGUGAUUAUUACUGUUGAGUUGUGUGCCAUUGGAUGAAAGGUUUACAACUUGUGGAACGACGUUUAUCUUUUUUUUAUCAAGUACCCAAAGAAACAAUGGCAUGUAAAUAUUGGGAUAUUUUGCAUUGUAUAUAAUUUUUAUAAGUUGUUAAAAUAAUGUUUAUAUUCAGAACAAACGGGAAGAAAAUGGUGGUAGUUUUAAUCUGUUAUCACGUAUUUUUUAUAAUGUAGCAUUUCACAGAAUCAAAAGAAUUAAUGUUUUGAAAUAAAUCUUAUAUACAGUGAUUUGGGAUUUUGUUAAGAUCUAUAUUGUACAAUAUGAGAAAAGGAACAAAAUAAAAACUGUUUAUAGUUUGAACUGUAA